UCCGAAUGAAUAGUUUUGCUUUUCAAUUUUUUUAAUUAUCACGUAUAUCACGCAAUUCCUGAAUCUGACUAAUUGUUUCUUAUUAUCAUUUUAUUUUUUUUAUAAAUUCGAACAAUAUAUCAGUAUACAUGCAGAUGUCUUACUGUGAACAAAAAGGAAAAGACAAAAUUACAUAUGUGACAAAAGCCGAUCACAGCAAACUACCAGAACUAGAUGAAAAUACAAAAAAGGCUUUAUUUGAAGAUGAUGAUGAAAGUUCAAAAGGUUUAAUAUCCCCCGAUGGCACCAUAAAUUGGAAUUGCCCUUGUUUGGGUAACAUGGCUAGUGGACCCUGCGCCGAUAAAUUUAUGGAAGCUUUCACUUGUUUUCAUGAAUCGACGGCUGAAGUUAAGGGAAGCGAUUGCUUGGAAAAGUUUUCCAAUAUGCAGUCUUGUUUUCAACAAUACCCCAAACUUUACGGUGACUACGGUGAUGGAGAAAGCACGAUGAGCAAAGAUUUAGAUGGUGACAGUAGUGCUGGUUUGGCUAGCAACAAAAAUGAGGCUCGCGCCGAUAUCGUAGGACAAAAUAAAGGAGACUCAGAAACGAAUAAGACCUACUCUUCUAACACCGGUAAAUCAAACGGCGACAAAAAGGCGACACACGAGCACAAUGAAGGAAAUUUGGAUGCGAACAAAAAGAGUGAACCAUCAUCUGGCGAUACGAAAAAUUCGACCGACUCUUCUAAACCUAAAGGUAACCCGGCCAACAGUUCGAAAUUGAUGAGCCUAUUUUGAUCUCGCCCUCAUCCCGUCCAUCUUGUCACUGGAUUCUUUAUUCGUUCUUCUUCGCAUUUUUUUUUAAUUUACAAAAAAGGAAUACUCAAUUUUUUUGCGUAAAUCACCUCAUAAAUAAUAUUGAACAAUCAUUUAAUUUUUUUUUUAAAAUAUAUACAAAGAAGAAAAAAAUUCCAUAAAUAGUAAAUUUUACUAAAUAUAAUUAUACAACAUUUAAUAAUUGAAGUUUCCUCAAACCCUAAAUUUUAAUCAUUUAAAAAAAAAAUUUUAAACCCCUUAUUUAUAAACAGAAAUCUGUCUAGUCGUCUAUAUAGUUUCCUUUAGACAGAAUAAAAAUGAAGGUUAUUUAGAUUUAGUUACACUUAAAGCAGAACUGGGGGUGUCCUAGUUCAAAAUCUGAAUAGACUGGUCUAAACAGAGAUAAGUUUCAAAAAUAAGAAGAACCAGGAUAUGGGCAUAAUCUUCUUUUAUUAAUGAUAUACAAGUGGAUUUCGCGUUAACUGAUCUUAGUGGGAUAAAUAUUUAAAAAAAAAUAGGAAUGGGAAUUGAUCCAUUAGAAAUAGGGAUCCGAUGUCACUUGAUAUACUUCUAUAUUAUACGAUAAGCAUAAUACAAAUUUUAUUAUAAAUUAAAUUAAUCACGCGGUGUUUUUUUUAUAUAAUCCAUAUUUAUGUAAUAUACAAAUGCAAUAAUAAUUUGUGGUGUUUUAAUACAAUUAUUAAAUAUUUAUAAAUAAUAGGAAAAAAUAUAUAUUAUUUUUUUUAAACUAUAAAAAACGGUGAAA